UCAUCGGCUAAAUCAACUCCAUGUGGCGUCAAGCACACACGCUAGAAAUUUUUGCUUUCAUGGUUACAAAUCUGGUAUAAUUGCAGAUUUGUUAUUCUUUUGGAUGUUACCGACGUCAGUAAGCUAUUAACCAAUGUUAUAGAUCGAUUGAAUUGUUCAAUAUUUUGGUGGUAAUUGCGAAAUCUUCCCAAUAGAAGACAUUGAUAAACUGUGAACACAGCCCGUUUGGGUAAAUAAAAAAGCGAGAUAUUGGCGAAUACGUGAUGAUUACAAAUACACAAGCAGUUCAAAAAUCAGCUUUCAUCGUUAAAGAGGUCCAAAGGAUGCCAAGAUUGCGGGGUGAAGUGACUGUUUUUUGGCUUGUUUUGGUGGCCGGGUUCAUCGCCGGAACAAAAGAGCGUCAGUUUGUUUGUAAGAACAACGAGUUUACGUGCGUAAAUACUCAGAAGUGUAUCGCGGCGACUUGGAAAUGUGAUGGAGAGGAUGACUGUGGGGACAAUUCAGACGAGAUUAACUGCCCAAAGGCAACAUGCAAUCCAGACACCCAGUUCCGGUGCACAAAUGGCCGGUGUAUACCCAGGCGGUGGGUGUGUGAUAAAGAUGAUGACUGUCAUGAUGGCAGUGAUGAAAGAAAUUCCUGUGCAACAAUGACAUGUUCUGAGAAUGAGAUCACCUGUGGUAAUGGCAUCUGCGUUGUCAAGAGAUGGGUGUGUGAUCAGGAUGAUGACUGUGGUGAUGGAACAGAUGAGUUAAAUUGUGGUAACAAGACAUGUGCGCCUCAUGAGUUUUCCUGCGGCAAUGGGAGAUGUAUAUCACAGCAGUGGGUCUGUGAUCAAGAUAAUGAUUGUGGUGAUUUCUCUGAUGAAAACCAUUGUCCACCACACACAUGUCGUCCAAAUGAGUUUACCUGUGCUGAUAAGCGCUGCAUCCUGAGUAGAUGGCGGUGUGAUGGUGAUAGAGACUGUGCCGAUAAUUCAGAUGAGAUCAACUGCCCAAAUAGCUCCCAGUACUGCAAGUCCUCAGAGUACCAGUGCUCAACGGGGGAGUGUAUUCAUAAGAGCUGGGUGUGUGAUGGGGAGUUUGACUGCCUAAACAAAUCUGAUGAAAACAACUGUCACUCCUCUGCCUGCCAUAUUAGUCAGUUCACUUGUGCUAACAAGAGAUGCAUCCCAAUGAGAGAUAGAUGUAAUGGCAACAAUGAUUGCCUGGAUAACAGUGAUGAAGCUGAUUGCCCUACGAAGCCUCCCAGUAUCUGCAAAGAUGGUGAAUUCCAAUGUGGGUCCUCAAAGCAGUGUAUUCCAGAAAGCAAAGUUUGUGAUGGCUCCGUUGAUUGCACUAAUUCAGCUGAUGAACCUGAUAAUUGCUUUAUCAAUGAAUGUAAGGACAACAAUGGCCCCUGCCAGCAUUACUGCAAUGACACUAAGACAGGGUACUUCUGUUCAUGCCGGCCUGGGUAUAAGGUGGCUCUAGAUGACCCCAAAUCAUGUAGAGAUGUUGAUGAAUGUGCUAUUCCUGGAUCUUGUAGCCAGAUGUGUUUCAACUCCAAAGGCAGCUACAAGUGUACAUGUAUGGAAGGCUAUAGAUUGGAACCUGAUAAAAAAACUUGCAAGGCACUAGGAGACAAGCCCUUCCUGUUAUUCACCAACCGACAGGACAUCCGUCGGCUUGUCAUGGACUCCUCUGACUUCACUCAAGUGGUUCCAAAGUUGAGAGCAGCUAUUGCUUUAGACUAUGACUUUGCCACUGGAGUUAUCUACUGGUCGGAUGUCAUUGAGGCAAGCAUUAAAAGUGCUCCUUUAAACAAUGGUUCGGCAGUGGAGACGAUAGUGAACAUGUCUCUGCUUACACCUGAUGGUAUCGCAGUUGACUGGGUCAAUAGGAAGUUGUACUGGACAGACACUGGUACUGAUGUGAUUGAGGUGGCUAAUCUUGAUGGCAGGGAGAGAAUGCGGCUGAUCACUACGGGUUUACAAGAGCCUCGUGCAAUUGUUGUGUACCCAGCUAUUGGAUACAUGUUCUGGACCGACUGGGGUGAAGAGCCAAAGAUUGAACGCUGUGGAAUGAAUGGUGACCCUAAAACACGGCUCCAAAUUGUAAACACAAACAUCCUUUGGCCCAAUGCCCUCACCAUUGAUUACACGAUAGACAAGAUUUGGUGGGCAGAUGCAAAAGAACACACAAUAGAGUGUGCCAAUCUUGACGGCACAGCAAGAAGAGUGAUUACCAGUGACAGUGUGCACCACCCAUUUGCAAUAACUGUAUUCCAAGAUUAUAUUUACUGGACAGACUGGGUCAAAGAGUCUAUUUACAAGGCCAAUAAGUUCAAUGGCAAGGACAGAUCUCUGGUGUGCAGUGGGCUUUAUUCACCAAUGGAUAUCCAUGUUUACCAGCAGCAGAAACAGCCCAAAUUUUCCAACCCAUGUGGUGAAAACAAUGGAGGAUGCAGCCAUACAUGCCUGCUGGCUCCUCUCCCAAAAUCACACACCUGUCAUUGCCCCCCAAACAUCAACCUGUUAGAGGACAGCGCUACCUGCAACACAUCAGUUGCCUUCAAAUGCCAACCCAACUUCUGUUUUAAUAAUGGCACUUGCCAUGAUAGUGGUGAAAAUAAGCUACCUGAAUGCAUAUGUCCGCCUGCCUACUAUGGGAAACACUGUGAGCUGAAAAAACAGGAUGGAGGUAUUCCAAACCCAAAUGACAGCAGUAAAGAACAGACAGCUGCAGAAGAUCUGAGUACAACAAUAGGAAUAGCUGUUGGAGUCAUUGUUAUAAUUCUUGUCGUUGCACUUGUUGUUGGGUGCCUAAUCUACAGAAGAAUACAAAGAAAUACUCACAGAACUAUGACGUUUGACAAUCCUGUUUAUAAGAAGACUACAGAAUCUAACAGCUCAUUAGAUAACUUCGCAAUACACUUUGGACACUCCCACAGAGGACGCUGUCAAGCAUUAUUGAGUUCUUUUCGGAAUGAAACAGAAAUGAGUAGUUGCUAAUAGUUAUAAUUCAAGUAUCCAAUCUGUACAGAAAGCAUUAUAUUAGUAUCAAUAAGCCGUAAUCCAUUGUAUGUAUUAUAAUAUUGAACAGACCUACUCUUUCCAUCCUGGUGAUGUGUUGGGUGGGAAGGAAGACAGGCAUGGUAACAUGUACCAUCCAAGCUCAUGGGCUUUUCCUCUUUUCUAUUUCCAUGAACUACAAUCAAGACUCCCUAUUACUUUGGUUGUUUUACUAGAAGCAGUUGUAAGGUUUUGGUGUUUUUAAUUGUUUUAUAUAUUUUUUUGUAUUAAGUGCUCAUUGCUGCAUAUUAACAUGGAUAGUGGUACUGUUAAGGUGCUGUUAUUUGAAAUUGGUUUUGUAGGUGAGUUUGCUAAAAUACUGCAGGUCAUGUAGAAUUAUUAUUAUAGCAUUAGGGCUGGUCUCGUAAAUAAUGUUGAAAAAGAAACCUUGCAAAAGAAUAUUUUGUAGUUAUGCAUUACAGCUGGCUUGUGCUAAAAUGUGUUUCAGUUGUCAACUGCUUCUCUGCAUGAGGAAAUUAGUUUUUUUGGUAUGUCACCUUGCCUGUUUUCUGAUAAGAGCAUGUUGAGCACUACUUGUGACGAGGAACAUGGUAGAGUUUAAUUAUUCUUAUCAUGCUGAAUCAAAGCCUACAAUAAAGAGGGCUGACCAGGAAAUUUUCUAAAUUGACUGCAUCUGAUCCUUUUUUCCCUUCUUGAUUCCAUCACAUUUAGUGCCUUGUUCUUAACAUAUUUAUGCUGCCACAAAUAAUGUUUCCACUCAGUUCUGAGAUUUGUGUAUUUUGCAUAUUUUUUGUUUCCAGAGGCUUGAGUAUAUUUUUGAGAACAUUUAUGUACAAAUUAUUGGAAUAAAGUUGUAUAUAUUUGUACAUUAUUAGCAAAUUUAAAUUUGGCCACAGGAAAUGUUCCUUAGGCUUGUAUCUAUGAUAUUUGUAUGGAGAAAUUUAGAGUUAAUUUUGCAUUUAUGAGAAAAGUAAUAUAACACAAAAUGAUGUAUAAGUUGUUUCUGGUUAUGCUGUUGUAAUUACAAUUUAUUUAGGAUUUUAAGUGUCAUAGAUUUGUGCAAUUGCUUAUAAAAGCAAGUCAUUGCCUAAAAGGAUUAGAUAAUGUAUAUGGGAUACAAUCCAGUAAGGCGUUUAUAUGGAGGUUUUACAAUUUUGCAAGGUCUCUUGUCUAUUUGUUUAACCUAUUUAGUCUUGUGUCCUUUAGUUUGUCCAUUGUUCUGUCUGUAUUGUAAGUUGCCCAUACCAACAAGAAUUGUUGGAUUUAUCAGAUACGUCGAUUCACAGUGAGCACAGAAUCUAAUCAAGUAUUGAAAAGAAAAUUAACAUGACAUUUGUAAAUACAUGUACAAAAAUAACCUGGCAUUUUGUCCUGAUAAAAGUGUACAGAAGUGGUCAUUAAAGGUGAUUUUGUAGCUUA